AUGGGCUUUGAAAGAUCAGUGGAUAUCUUUGAAAUCUCCAGGUCCAUGUACAUGUAUCCAUGGCUGGAAUAUCAAGACAGGACCAAAGAACUCAGAAAAGCCACAGCUCCUGUUCACCUGCCCUUGUCCUGCUACCAGAUGCCAAAGGAAGAGUAUCCCCCAAGUCCAGAGUGCUGGAGGCAGCACCCAAGCAAGCCAAACUCGGUCCCUUCCUGCUACUCCAAAGGGCCUGAGCGCUUCACGCACUGGCGUACCCUGGAUGAUCAGCGAAAGGAACGAGAGAUGUUACAGAAAAUGAGAGAUCACACUAGGUACUUCCAAGUGGGUUGCCAAAUCCAAAACUUCAAUCUCCCCAUGAGCAAAUUGAUCUUAAAACCUCAGGCAAGAUCCGGACCUUUAGAUCCUACCAGGGACUCCCUGAAGUGGCAAAGAUUAAAGGAACUCACAAAAAACCUGAAAUCUCCAAGAGAAGAUGAGCAGUUGUAUGCAGCACAAGCUCUGGGGUACCUUGGUAUCAAUGACAAGUGUAUCAUGGACAUGCUAUGGCAGGUGGCCCAAACGGGUCCAGAGAAAGUAAAGUGUGAGGCCUAUCGAGCCCUGGCCAUCCUGGGUUGCCUGAAUAAGCAUGUGAUCCAGGCUCUCAUCAAACAGGUGAAGUGUCAAAAUGAGGGCCAAAGGAUGGACACUCUAAUGGGACUACGAGUGGCUCUAAACUUCUGGGCUGCUAUCCCUAAAGACAAGAGGAUUCAAGUCGGAGAUGAAGAAGAGCUGGUAGCUGUGCUGCAGAUGUUGAUAAAGAAGUCAUCAAACAAAGCAGCCAUGGAAGCAGCCCUGUGCUUGGGUUUCCUGAGGCCCUGCAGCAACAUAGCCCAAGAGUUUUUGCUGCAGUGCCUAUACCAAGGGCCCAAAUCCCAGCAGAUGAAGGCCCUUAGGAUGCUGGUCAAGAUAAUGCAUGUGCACUCAGCUGUAGUCACCAAGGCCAUUCUGGAGCAGCUAUGUUCUUCUGGUGUCCUUGAGGACCGCUUUGAAGCCACCCAGAUGCUCAGUACCAUUGGGCUGGAACGGAUCCAGGCACAGGGGCUAGAGGAAAUCACAUUUGACUUGCUCAAGAGGAAGACAUACAACGAACCCUUCGUUGCUAUGAGGCAGGCUGUAGCCAAAACAGUGAAAGACCUCAAGAUGAAGCCUAUGAUGAUGAACUUGGUGGAGGCGCAGCUGAUGGACCCAGAUGCUGUUGUACGUGAGGAAGCAGUCAUCUCUUUGGGCGGCCUGGGAAUCCGUAGCCCACAUGUGUUCUACUUGCUCCUGGACAUGCUAGACGUGGAGGAGAACCAGGCUGUGAAGAAGAGUAUACAAGAAACACUAAUCGUUUGGGCAUCCACUGAUCCCUGGAUUCAAAACAAGCUGAAGAACAAGGUUUUCUCUGUCUAUGAGGCACCUAAGACCAAUGUGAAAAUAAAGCCUACAAGGUUCCGGAAGGAGCCUGAGAUCCUAGAAGAGUUAAAUAUCCAAGACUUCCGACUUGCUAAGCUGAACCCCUUGUUUAUUUCAAAGUUCUGCAAAAAGGAAGAACAAAAGGAAAAGGUGCAUUCCUUCCUACCCUGUUUAUCUAUGCUACAAAAACAAAGACCCCACACCCCAGGGCCCUGGCAACCAACAAUCAGAAAGCAGCUCCAGAACCUUGCUGAAAACUGCAAAUAG